CGGGGCGUAUUACUAAGCUGAUGCUUUCAACAAACUUUUCUCCAGUGAUAGUAACUGCCUUCCCUCUUCUCUCCACCGCAAACGCAAGCAAACCCUAGUAGGCUAGUCACCUCUUCACCUGAAGCUAAAGGUCCAGCCAGGCGCCAUCAUGUCCAGCAAACGUGCCAAGGGGAAAACCACCAAGAAAAGGCCUCAGAGGGCCACCUCCAAUGUAUUCGCCAUGUUCGACCAGUCCCAGAUCCAGGAGUUUAAGGAGGCCUUCAACAUGAUCGACCAAAACAGGGAUGGAUUUAUUGACAAGGAAGAUCUACAUGACAUGCUGGCCUCCUUGGGUAAGAACCCGUCUGAUGACUACCUGGAGGGCAUGAUGAGUGAAGCUCCAGGUCCUAUCAACUUCACCAUGUUCCUCACCAUGUUUGGAGAGCGUCUGAACGGAACUGACCCUGAGGACGUGAUCAGGAAUGCCUUCGCCUGCUUUGAUGAGGAGGGCUCUGGUGUGAUCCACGAAGAUCACCUAAGAGAGCUGUUGACUACUAUGGGAGACCGCUUUACUGAUGAGGAAGUGGACGAGCUGUUCAGAGAGGCUCCCAUUGACAAGAAAGGAAACUUCAAUUACGCUGAGUUCACUCGCAUCCUCAAACACGGGGCCAAAGACAAGGACGACAUCUAAUCUCCCACAGACUCUUAUGCCUGGCUACAGAGUGCAUUCUGUUCAGAUAAAUGAUGUACAUAUGAUAUGGAAAAAAGAAAUUGUGUUAUUCUAAAGCUAAAAAUCUGCUAUCAUGAUAAAAUUUGGAUGUUACCAAGGUACAAAAAUAGGACUCAUGUAGACUCAAUGGUUAUAACUACUUACCUCUGUUUAUUUGCCUCUCCAGCUGUCCACGUGCCUUAAAGAAUUCUGUAGCCCACAGA